GGAACGGGAGGAGGUGGAAGACAGGUACAGCAGGCGUUGUCUGCUCAUGUGAUCUAUGCCCUCAGGUGGGAAGACAGGGACAGGUGAGAUAAAGGGGUGGAAGGGGUGUUUUUUCACUGGCAGGUGAGUUCACCCCAAACUGCAGCCAAGAAAAAAAAAAAAGGUUUCUCCACCUUGCUUAUGACUCAACACAUGUCUGACCAAGAUGAUAUUGUUUUGCUUCACUUGCCAAGCGGCAGAAGAACUUGUGCACCCUGCACAGAUAACUUCUCAGGAGCACUGCUAUCAUUCCAAGGAUCCUUCAAGAAGCUUCUGCCCUCCACACACCCUAGGUUGGACUGUCAAGUGUAUGUCAUGGAAGGAGGCAUAGACAACCCUGUAUUUACCACUUUGGGUGAAGUGGGCUUACAGAUCGUUGAUAAAGAAAUCAAGGUUAAAGAUGGAGUGAAGGAAUCACAGGCCCACCAUAUAGAUGAAGAGUUCAAAGAGGGUCCAUGUGGAUGGGGCAAAAUUACUCCGAGCUGUCUGCAGUGCUGUAACAAUCCCAAGGGUUACCUUGUUAUGUACAGUCUCCUGGCUAUUAUGCAAGGUACUGCUGUAAACGGUUUGGUAAAUGUGGUAAUUUCCACUAUUGAAAAGCGUUACGACUUAAACAGUUCACUUACCGGCUUGAUUUCAGCCAGCUACGACAUUGCAUUCUGUCUUUUGUCACUUGUUGUGUCAUUUUAUGGUCAAAGAGGGCACAAACCAAGAUGGCUUGCCUUUUCUGCUCUGAUGAUUGGCAUAGGAUCUAUUGUUUUUUCCAUACCUCAUUUUACCAGUGGAAUGUAUCAGUUUGGAAACAGCUAUAAUGAUUUUUGUGAAACGUCAGGAAAUGGCACCAAUUUAGAGGACUGCACUGCGAAGGCUGAUUCCACCUUAUCCCACUACCUCUAUGUUUUCAUUUUGGGUCAGCUGCUAAUGGGAGUAGGAGGGACUCCCUUAUAUACUUUGGGUACCGCAUUUUUUGAUGACAGUCUUCCAACACAUAAAUCCUCAUUAUACAUAGGCAUUGCAUAUGGGAUGUCUGUAGUGGGCCCUGCUAUUGGAUAUGUAAUUGGAGGACAGCUGCUGAAUAUUUAUAUUGAUUUUGAAAAAACAAACAGUCCGCCUCUGUCUCCCAAUGACCCCCGAUGGCUUGGAGCAUGGUGGAUUGCCUUUGUAAUUGUGGGUCUUGUUACCUGGAUGCUGAUUAUACCAUUCUCCUGCUUCCCGAAACACUUGCCUGGUACAGCAGCAGUACAAUCUGAACGGAUUUCACAAGCCCAUAGCAAUGGAAGUGAAUGCAUUGUUGAGUCCAAAAAUCUUGGCAAAAAUUUUAAAGAUUUUCCUUUGGCUUUCUGGCUUUUGGUGAAAAACCCCGUUCUUAUGACUUUAUCAUUUGCCAGCUGUGCAGAUGCAUUGAUCACCACUGGCUUUGCAACAUUUCUUCCCAAAUUUAUUGAAAACCAGUUUUCACUAACAUCAAGCUUCUCAGCAAUUCUUGGAGGUGGUGUACUGAUUCCAGCAGCAGCCAUUGGACAAAUUAUAGGUGGCAUAAUUGUCUCAAAAUUCAAGUUUAACUGUAAAAAUAUCAUAAGGUUCUCUAUUAUAUUAUCAUUUAUAUCACUGGCCUUGGCAACCGUGUUUAUAUUUGCUAAAUGUGGAAAUGAUCCAUUUGCUGGUGUCUCCGUGGCUUAUAAUGGGAGUGACAACGUAGGUGAUUUGAUGGCCCCAUGUAACAGCAACUGUUCAUGUGCCCGCUCAUUUUAUGACCCAGUUUGUGGCGCUGAUGGAGUGCAGUAUUUUUCAGCAUGUUAUGCAGGAUGUAGUUCUCAAGGUGUGUCCAGUGAUAAUGCUACUAAGAUUUAUACUAAUUGUGAAUGUGUCGGGAAACCAGUCCGCAGUAUAGCACAGUCUCUCAGCUUAAAUGUUUCGGAUGCUGCCCCUGGAAAAUGUGAAUCCUCAUGUAAUAACUUGAUAUUAUUCAUGGUGUUUUUCUUCUUUGUUGUUAUAACCACCUUCAUGACUGCUACUCCAGUAACGAUGGCCAUCCUCAGGUGUGUCCCCGACAAGCAGAGGUCAUUUGCGCUAGGUGUACAGUGGACUUUUAUUCGGUUAUUAGGUUCCAUUCCAGGACCAAUAGUAUUUGGAGUUGUCAUUGAUAGCAGUUGUAUUUUAUGGAACUUGAAUGAAUGUGGGACACAGGGAGCAUGCUGGACAUACAAUAAUACUGGAAUAUCUUACAAACUGAUUGGCAUCAGUGCAGCAAGCAAAGUCAUCACAAUCAUUUUCCUUUUUAUUGCCUAUUUUAUAUAUAAACCUCCGCCAAGCAAACCUGACUUUUCACAUGAUAAUGGAAAGAUCAUCUCUUCAGAGGCACUUUAAGAAGACAGUAAUGGACAUACUAAUGUACAUCAUUGAUUUUGUGUAAUAAUUUAGGUUAUCUAUAGUUCUCACAUCGUUCUUCCUGAAAUAAUCAAAAACAGGCCAAAUAAAUAGAUAGAAUCCAUAACCGUGGAAAAUAAUACUUUCCAAUGGGCACUUAUAUACGAUGAAGAACUGAGGUCUGAACAAAGCUGAAUUUGUUGUAUUUUUUUUAAAUAUCUUCUUUAGAAGAUUUAUUGGAAGGUUAUAUUAACCUUUUCGGCUCAGCUGAUGGCAGUAUACUAUGUAGUUUGCUGAACUUAAAGUGAAUGUUCAACUGUUGACACUAUUUACAAAGGAAAUUAACAUAAAAGCAUAAAAAGUCAUAAAAGCAUUGUAUUACUGGUUUUGUACUGAUCCUGAGUUAUAGACUGUAUUAGCCUUAAGGGCUGAAAUCUCCCAGUAUUUUCUGUAUAGAGUCUGGGCUCAUGCACACGAACGUAUGUCGUGUCCGUUCCGGUUGUUUUUACAACCCGGAUGCGGAACCAUUUAUUUCAAUGGGGGCAGCAAAAAAAAUAAAAAAUGCCUCCUUGUUAAUUCAGUUUCCUCAUGUCAGGAUGGCUGUUCCGCAAAAAAGAUAGAACAUGUCCUAUUCUUGUCCGUUUGCAGACAAGGAUAGGCAUUGUUACAAUGGAUUCGCAAAAAAAAACAAAAAACUGGGGCAAUACGGAUGUCACAUGGACAUCAUCCAUAUUUGUUGCAGAUCCGUGUUUUGUGGACUGCAAAAUACAUACGGUCGUGUGCAUGAGCCCUAUAUCUGUAGAAUAUGCUGUAGUAAUUUGCAUUCUGGGAAGUUUAGCCUUAAAGAGGUUUUUCUGAUUGCAUCAACAUCCUAUAAGCUAUCGCAAUCAUUUAUGAAGGUAGCUGUAAUUUUGUAAUGUAUUUCUUUUGCCUUCAUUGCUCCUAUCUUCCGUUCUGGGCUGUGGUCAUAUGGUCAUGUCCAUAUAGCUCUUUCUUCACAUCAUCACACUUGGCAUUGACCUGCUAAAGUCAAUGAAACUGGAGAGGAUGUGGCAGUUGCAGAGAGAGCAGAGCCUCUAGGUGUAACGGCAACACCCCUGUUGCUCCUAGAGGCUCAUUUGCAUAUAAUACAACUUCAUUAUUUGCAGCAAUUUGGACACAUAUGAACAUGGGACCAACACAGAUGUCUUCAGCUGUCAAGCGCACAUGUAACAGGUCAGCCAGUGUCAUAGGUACAAAUCUGCCGAUAGAUGCUCUUUAAGAUUAAUGCAUCUUUAAACCUCACACUUUUGUCUAGAAAUGCUACUCCAGUUUUUCUAUGCGACUGCUAUGGGGCUCAGGGCAAGAGGAGGGGGCCCAGUCUUAGUUAGGAUGAUCCCCUCUUCUACUGGAGGCCAGGACUCUACCCUGUAAAGAAAUAACUUUUGGCAUAUGAGGCAGUGGAAAAAAGGGGUUUUGGCAGAAACCCUUCUGUCCUGAAUUGAUCCUUUCUAUGGGGCCCUUACUUCUCUAUCUACGCCACUGGCUUAUCCCCUUCCAAGUGAAUAGGGCUGAACUAAAAUACUGGACACAGCCCAUGGGAAGGUAUAGUGCUCUUUCUAGAUACAAUGUAAAACUUUUUUUAGUCUGACAGAGCAGGGGAAAAAAUCGAAUCCAUAGUGAGCUGUUCUAAUUGUUCCCGAAUUAGAGAAAAUAAGUGACAUUUGACAGAUCUUGAAUGUGUAUAGAAGCUUUAAUGUGUACUAAAGCUUGACCUUUGGUGAUCCUUCAAGCAUAUAUUAGAGAACAGCAAAAAAAUAAAAUCACAAUACAGACAAUAUGAGAACUGGGCCAUUUACUAGCAAGUGAAAUCCUAUGAUAUGAUAAAUACUGCAGGGAAUUCCUCCAUUACUCUACAAACCAGACACCAGAACAUGUGCUAUUGUCAAAUGAACCCAUCUUGUAAAUGGCCAGUUCUGAUAAAACACACACCCCGACACACACACACACAUAUAUAUAUAUAUAUAUAUAUAUAUAUAUAAUACUACUUCUCUAAUAUCGAAGUGUAGGCUUACCACUAAGGAUUCCCAAUCCAAUACACCAACUGUGUAUUGGCUACUGUUUCUGUGCCAUCUCACUAGUACUUUUAAGCCAGGGGUGCAGUUUCCUAGAAGAAAUGAUGAUCAAACAGUAAACAUGACCUGAAGUUUUAAACACUAGAUUCUCUAUAUUGAAUAAGGUUUGGCAUAUGCAUUAAAGGGGUUUUGGCCUUUUACUAUUGAUAACCUAUCUUCAGGAUAGGUCAUCAAUAUCAGAUUGGCGGGGUCCGACACCCGGCACCCCUGCCGAUCAGUUGAAUGAAGAGACAGCGUGCACAGUGCAUGCGUGCCAUCUCCAUUCUAUCUUCCUGUCUCCUUCUGCUGUCUAUGGCAAAAACUCUAGACAGCAGCGGUGAACAGGAAGAGAGAAGGGUGAUGGCACGUGUGCACUGUGCACGUCGUUUCUUCAUACAGCUGAUUGUGAGGGUGCCGGGUGUUGGACCUCUGACGAUCUGAUAUUGAUGACCUAUCCUGAGGAUAGGUCAUCAAUAGUAAAAGCCCAGAGAACCCCUUUAAUAGAUACAAUUAUUUUAAAUUCACAUGUAUAUUUUCCAUUUAUAACAUUGCAAUGUAUAGAAUUUGCCUUGACUCAGGAAUAGUGGACUGUAAAUAUUGAAAUCUUUUUAAAUUGUAUUUGAAAUAAACUGUACCUUUAAAA